UUUUUAUUGUUAUAGAAUUAUAGCAGGCACAGGGAUGGAAGAACGAAGUAAAAAAUGCAUGUUAUGGGAAAAAUACUGCCAAAUCAAGCCAGAUUUUUGAAAUGUCUGAUACUAAAUACAAUGUCAGUCAAAAUGUUUUUUCACUCACUUAUCUUUGUUAACUGAUUUAUCAAAACCAGAAUAACUUGGCCAAUCAGUGCAAAAACAUAUAACAUGCAACAAAUCUGUAGACAUUCAGGCCAACAAUAGUGCAGACACAAAUACUAUACAAUAAACAAUGAACACAAAACAAAAUCCACAACAAAACAAUGAUACAGUACAGAAUGCUUGACCACAAUAAUGAGUUGUAUUGAUUUUCUGUAUGGAGUUUCUGAAACAGCUCACUCCCAAAGUGAGUUUGGUCAGUGGAGAUUUUGCUUCUUGUCCCUGAUGUCCUGAUGCUCCCAAAUCAUCUGGAGCACUAAAAACUUAAACAGCUGUCAUGCUGCAGUCAUGGUCGCCCUGAUACAUAUAAGCAGCCAGGAACAACGCAAACUCGAAUCAAAUUACCAACCAGGAUCAAUGGAAAGACGUGUUUCUGUACAAAACCGAGUUUUCCAAAGUCUCAGCUGCCACUGCAUUAUGCUGCCUCUCGAUCUGAUGGUUCCCUCAGUGUAAAGCAGACCCUGCUCAGAGUCUCCAACAAAGACGCUCGUCUUACAGCGGACGAGUUAAAGUCCUCAUUUUAACACAGUAACACUCUCUGUACACUUCUCUUCCUUUGAAUUAGAAUUACUGUCUCACUUCUGAUAAUUAUUUAAGGUUCCCAGUGCUUCAGAAAACCAUCAGCUUUUUCUGGUCUUUUAAAGUUUAAACUGUAGAAUGAAUAUUGUCAAUUCAAAUGACAGAUGAAUUGGUUUAUUUAAAAACAAGCAAGCAAAUUAAAAAGGCAAAAUUACCUUCAUAUUAUUUUGCAAGUCGACUAAUUUAACAUGAAUAUCCUAAAUAACACAGCAUAAUUAAAUUCAGUGCUAUUACAUGUUUUAAUAGUCACUUGUUGUCAUGCCUACUUUCCUUAAAUUGCAUUUAAAUAGCUCUGAAAACUCAUUAAAAAAUUUUUUUAACUAUGGGGUGAAAAAUAAAAAAUAUUCAUACCCUGGCAGAAACCAAUACACAAACAAUUUUUUCCUUGCAUCACCUCGUUCCUGAUGCUUUAUAUAAAAUAAAAGGUGCCAUUUCUUUAAUAGUAAAUGCCUAAUAUAUCCAGAGAGAUUUAAGGCUUUAAGUGUUCUGGGGACUGAAAGGUGUAUUCCUCAGUUAAAUUUAACAAUACAAACCUAUUUGCCUUGGCACAUGUCUUCUGUGGAAGUUGUUCUUUAAUAUAUAACAGCUGUUACCUGUGUAUAUUUAAUGUCAUUCUAUCUAUGUUGCUUACAAUAUGGUUAACUUAUUAGAAAGAAUGGGAUGUGUUUCAAACCUCGUUGUGAGAAUUUGGCUGUGAGAAAGGCUAAGAACAUUAUGCUCUAGUUACUGAAACCACAAGGUAUCAGUCAUAUGUCAUAUGCAGGAAGUUAACUGCAACCAUAUAACCAUAUAUAGAAUUAUUAACCUUUAGAGAUGAGGAACAAGGCAUGAACAAGGCGUGUUCAUGGCAUGGACAAACUCCUCUUCACCUGGCUGCAGAGAAUGGACCACUUUGAUGUAGUGAAGCUCUUUCUAAAGUACAGGCAUGAUUUAUCGUCACUGGCCAACAUGGAGGGAGCAACAUGCUCCAGCAUCGCUGUAGCUAAGGGCAGUGUGACCGUCAUCCCAUAACUGCUCACAUUUAGCCAGGGAGGUCUCCUCCGAAUCAAAACAAGUUCAGUGGGCACAAGGGUCAAUGGUUAUUUAAAAAAAUAAACUUGUCUUGGCAGGACAUACAGCAUAUACACUAUAUACUAUGCCAUAUGUAUAUCCUAUUUGUGUCAUUCCUCAUUCGUACUGUACAGUUAUGGUGAAUGGUUGUAAAGUGGCAGACCACAGAUUUAACACAUAAAAACUGCAUUAUUUCAAUAAACAGUUUGUAAAAGCUGCCUGCAUUACAUUGGCUCCAAUGUUCAUUGCAAACCGUCUCAGUUUAUGCAGCAGAUUCUCUGUUAUGGCUUUUUUGAGGCCAGUCACGUGCAUUUAUAUAAAGUCCUUAAGACGUUUAUUUAGCAUUUUUGGAAGGAGACUGAAAGUAGUAUCAAGUGUAUCUGUGUAACAGUCAUAAUGUGUUCAAGACAGAUGUCUUGUUAUUUUAUCUAUAACAUGACAUGCUGCAUAUUUGUCUUUUUAACUGUAAGAGAUGUUGAUGAGGGACUAUCAAACUCCCAUAACAUAAACCAUUAUAUAAAACAUAAAAUACAGUACCUCACCCCAUCCCUGUUGCAGAUUGUGCUGAAGUGUCUCGUUCUUUACAUAACACGUAACAAGUGUAUGUCUCCACAGGUUAACGGCUCAUCUCCUCUGCACUUGGCUGCUUCAGGGGGUCACACAAAGGUUGUUAUGGCUCUUUGGAGGCUGGGGCUUCAGCUACAGAGGAGAACUUUGUGAGAUCAUUAAAUCUCAAUAUCUCAACACAGUAUUUUAACACAGUCCAGAUGCCCAAACAGCACUACAGCACAACGCAAACACACAUAUAACACAUCUAAAUAAUACUAUAGUGGCUUAUACAGUGCUGCACUUGACCUUGCCAGUUAUAAAACCGCAAUAUAUUGGUGCUUGACUACAGGAGGGAAUGACCUUACGUGUGUGUGUGUGUGUGUGUGUGUGUGUGUGUGUGUGUGUGUGUGUGUGUGUGUGUGUGUGUGUGUGUGUGUGUGUGUGUGUGUGUGUGUGUGUGGUAAUACUGUAGAUUCUGGUUCAUUUUGACACAUUCAUUGAGAACUGAAAAAUCAGAAGGUGUUGAAUACAGAUAGCAAAUUAAAUGCUUAUUUACUUGCGUGUUACUUAUUUUUAUGCAUUCAUGCAUGUGUGUAGACUGGAUUAACAGCCAUACAGGUAGCAGUCUGAACUUACCUGGAGUCCUGGCUGAUGCUGAGUGUUUUACUCUACUGCACCUGGCAGCUCAAAGUGGUCACACAGCUGUGUCGGGCUGCUGCUCAGCAAAUCCAGUUCUCUAUCCAAUUCCUUGCAUCAGCAGGGAUGCACUUGCCUUCACCUUGCAUCUGCCCAUGGACACACUGCAACAGUGAAGGUCCUGUUGUGCCAAGGUGCUGACAUUCACCACACAGAUAAGAUGAGAAGGUACCAUAUACUGUACAUAUAUAUACGUAGUUGGAUAUGAGCACUUGAACCUCUCAUAUACUCAUAUACUUUUACUGUGUGAGCACUGUGCAUAGUUUUAAUCUAUGUGUGCUGUUAAAAUCAAAAUGAAUCAUGAUGAUUAAUGAUUUUAAGAAUAUACACAGGAGACACAUGCAUGGGAUUAGUUGAAAGGAUCUGUUUGAUGCUUGUAAUUCAUACUUCAAGGUUCUGAAUUAAAAAGAAUUUUUGCAUAUGCAUUUCACACUUUACAUUUUAAUCUCAGUAUUUGAUCAGAUAUGUUCAGGCAUACUAUGUAGAUCAAUAGUGGAGUAAAUUUUGUAACCUUUUUGCCAGCUGAUGAGCAUAGGGUUAAGUAACAAAGCAGCAUGUACAGUAUGUCUAACCUGUCCAUUGUCCCAGAAAGGCAUUACACAGCUAAAACUCAUUGGCUGGUGGUGGAGCAGUCCCUGGUUGAGAAUGGUGCAUCAGUGUAGGCUGAGUGUCACACUGGCCACACAUCAGUAAAUUAUGCUGCCAAGGAGAACCACCGGCAGCUUCCUUCUCCGGCGACCAGGCAACAAUACACUAAAGCUGCUGGAUAACAAGAAGCCAGUCAUGGAGACACUCCUCAGAGAGUUUUUUAACAUCACUCCUGAUCCUGCGGUCAACAUCUCUCACCGCCACUGGGGGGUGCCUUACUUGAAGAGAUUAGCGCAUCUGGACGAGGCACUUUAUGAGGAUUUUUAUGGUCUGUGGGUCACCCUCAUGGUGGUCAACAGCAUCAUGUUCUUGGUGGGGCUCGUGCUAAACAGCUUGGCUCUCUACGUUUUUUGUGUGGGGACAAAAUCACGCACCGCGCCCCUCAUCUACACCAUUAACUUAGCCGUAGCUGACCUCCUGGUAGCGCUCUCUCUGCCGGCGAGGAUUGCUCUGUAUUACAGCGGGGGUGGUUGUGUGGCCUGUUCAUAUGUGCACACGUUUAGCUAUUUUGUUAACAUGUACUGCAGCAUCUUGUUCCUCACCAGCAUCUGCGUGGACCGUUACAUGGCAGUGGUUUGGGCUGCAGGCACAGCAGACCGCUGCAGAAGCCCUGCUGUAGCUAAAGGUGUUAGUGCAGGGAUUUGGAUCUUCUCUGUGGUCGUCACCUAUUCAUUCCAGACCACAGCUUUGGAAUUUGGUGGAUCAUCUUGCUGCCACCUGCCUGUGCUGUUUGCUGUCACUGUGCUGGAGUUUGUGAUCCCCCUGCUGGUCAUCAUGACUUUUACAGCUCGAGUUGCCUGCGCUCUUGCCAACGACCGUCUUAUGGCACAAAGCCGAGGUCGAAGGUCAAGAGCUGUGCGUCUCUUACUGGCUGUGCUUAUCGUCUUCGUCAUCUGCUUCACGCCCUUCCAUGUGCGCGAGGCCCUUGUGUAUUUCCGCCUAGGAGGUGGCAGAGAACAGCAUGUGGUUGCCUAUCACACCACUGUGACCCUCAGUAGCCUAAACAGCUGCCUAGACCCUGUGGUCUACUGUUUUGUACCUGAUAACUUUCGCUCUGCCCUGCGCCGUGCUUACAGGAGGAGGGAGCCUCAGAAUUCCAGUGGAGCACAGGUGACUACCCCUCGGCAAAACUCCAAAGGGUCCAGCACCACCGUGGCUGUUGUUUACAGCAUAGCCGGGCUUACAUUUAGUCCCUGCACCCUGCCUCCGGCUGAGCUGCCUGCAUGACAGAAAAAAGGUAGAAGAGAAAGAACAGGGGAGAAAGAACAGGCCAAAAAAUAUUUCUCUAAUAUACAAUAAAACUGUCUCAGAAGUUGAACCUUGGAUCAUCUCUCACUCUUUAAUGGACAAGAACUAAGGAUCAGAACCCACUUUACCAUUAAGAAAGUGAGAAGAUUUAUAAUUACACAGGACUGUAACCCCGUAUAGCUGUGUGUAUAAUUCAGUCAAAAAAAUAAGUGUCCAGAUUUAAGCGACCAUCAAAGAAAACUCCACGUCUCUGACUGAGUGACUUAUCACUGCUAACACACAUACAUUAUUAUAUUGUUUAAUAUUGGGUUAAUGUGUGCAGGUUCCACCUCAACAUGCAACUGGUUUGUUCUUUUUUACUCAUUGUUAAUGCAUGCUCUUAUGAUUUAAUGUCCUUCUCGCUUAGCCAAGUCAGAAUAUUUAUUCAUUGUUCUAAUUCUGUGCUAUCUGGCUCAACAAUCCAUGGAAAACUGCAUGCUUUUCCAAAUAUAUUAUGGAAGAAUUGACCUGAAUGGUUACAAUGUGGAAAUAAAAACACUUUGCCCAAAGAUAACUACAAGGGGGAAUACAGAGGUGCUGAUAUCUUUGGUUUAGCCAUAACAUUUUUUUAGAAUUCAAGUGUGUAAAAGUAUAGAGUAAAAUACGCUGUUUAUCAGAUGUGCGGUUUGUCGUUUAUCGUGUUGGUAUGAAGCUGCCUCAUUUAUCAAAAUACACUAAGGGUUUUGUAAAAUUCUGUUUUUUCUCUAUGCUUGCUAGGAUUUUCUGGUUAGCAAGAUUGGCAUCUUCAAUACUUUAGCAUUAGCAUUAGUGCUAUAAAGAGUUCACACUGCUAUAAGGAAACUGUAAAAAAAAAAAAAAAGUAGAUUGCACUCCUGCAUAGCUUUUGUCACCUGCUAAACAAAACAUAGCUAGACAAUUGUGGGCACCAAUAAACCCAUGUAUACACAUAUAUACACACAUAAGAUGUUCAGUUCAGGUAUCUUAAAGGAAGUACUGUAUAUGUAACCCUUGACAGCCCAUAGCAAAUGAAAAUAUAUUAAAGAAAUGUAUCUAAAUAUAAUCUUAUCAUGAGCUUAUACACAAGGUGUCUCAAAAGUCUCCAUCCAUUGAGAGAGUUAAUACAUUUUAACAAAAACUUAUUCCUACAUGAUAGCCAUUUCUUUGUAAACACAAACAUAGUCGUAUCUCCCAGUUUGGCGUCAAGUGUGAGUUUCUCGCCGUGUUUCUUGUUAAAGACCAUAAAACAUCUUCCUGAUCCAGCCGUGAGAAUUAUUUUGAUACGUUCUUUUGUCAAAGGAAUCCUUAAGUUUAUUCAGAAAAAAAUUAAUAAAUUCAAGCCAAUUUUACUUAUUUUGACAAGCUUCAGUGUUCUUAGUCAAGAUACUUUUACUUACUAAGAUAUAAUUUUUGACAUGAUGCACUUGCCCUUGCAUUAACCUUCAAGUGUCUAUACUUAUCUAUAUUUCUUGGAAUAGAUUGCUAUUUGGAUUUUGCCGUCAAAUAUUAGAUGUUCAGUUAAACUCAUUAGUUUCUAUUAGAUGAUGUACUUGACAUCUCCGAAUGUGAAUGUUUAAGGCAAAGACCUACAGUAUAUCUUACAUUGAAUUCAUUUCUUUUCUGCGUCAGUUGAUUUAAUGGACCAGGCAGUUCGUGUGUUUAUUUCUGUAAAGGGUGACGACGGAAAAAUCAAACCUCUCAACAUUCUCCAGCAUGCUUUUAGUCCAAGCUAUUUCCUGACCUAUUCUCAAUGGACCUGGCACAAAAACAUUUAAAUCCCCAAUGUAAUUUGUUUUAAAUUAUUGUCCCAUU